CUCCGAUCCCAACCCAGCCGACAAGAACGGCGAAGGAGGCACGUGGGCUUUGGUUUCGCUCUUGCCGACAGACAGCGGCGAUAUGACGCUCUGGGAACACAAGCACCUCUUGGUCACCAUCGGCAUGGUCGCUGCUGCGUGUCUUCUCAGCGACGGUUUUAUCGCCCCAGCCAUCACUGUUGUCUCGGCGUUUGAGGGUGUUCAGUCGUACAUCGGUGCGGACAAUCUCAAGAGCGACUAUGUCGUGGGGAUCGCCAUCGGGAUAUUGUUUGUUCUCCUGUGCAUCCAGCGGUUUGGAACCUCCAAGGUCAUCACGUUCUACGGCCCCAUCAUGGUGCUGUGGUUUCUCUCGAUUGCCGCCAUUGGGCUGUACCACAUCUCGUUCCGGCCUGGUAUCUUUGUGGCCUUGAGUCCACACUGGAUCGUCAUAUUUCUGAUCCGGCACGGACUCGACGGAUACUGGGUGUUCGGCAAAGUGGUGCUUGCGGUCACUGGUGUCGAAGCCAUGUAUUCCGACCUCGGCCACUUCAAGACUGUGCCGAUCCGUGCUUCGUUUCUGGGCCUCGUCUUCCCCUCGCUCUUGCUGAACUAUCUAGGUCAAGCAGUGUGUCUAUUGGACGGAGUCGACGACGCUUCGAAUGCGGCCAAUUGGACCAACAUCGCCAGCGCUCCAUUCUUUGCAAGCGUGCCUGAGCCCGUCAAAUGGCCGGUGCUCAUCCUUGCCACACUUGCCGCGAUCAUUGCAUCCCAGGCCACGAUCAGCGGAUGCUUCACCCUGAUUGAUCAAGCAAUCUCUCUCAGUGUUUUCCCGAACGUCAAGUCGAUCCACACCAGCACGCAAAGCGCAGGCGCUGUCUAUAUCCCAUUCUUCAACAUCCUCUUGGCGAUCGUAUCACUCUCUCUUCUGGCCAUUUUCCGAACAAGCGAGGACCUUUCGAAUAUAUACGGCAUCUGCGUGACCAUGACGAUGCUGGUCACUUCCAUUCUCUACGUUCUCGUCAUGAUCUACACAUGGAAGUACCCCAGAUGGAAAGUGGCGCUCUUCAGUUGCUUCAUAUUUCCCUUGGAUAUCCUCUUUCUCGUGGCCACUUGGAAGAAGAUUGCCCCCUUUGGAUGGGUCUCGCUCUUGAUCAGUCUCUUCAUGUUCCUGUUCAUGUAUGUGUGGUACACGACAACGAUGGAGGUGAACGACUACCUGCGUGACAAGCUCCUCACCAUGUCCGAGCUGCGUCAGCACGUCAAGAGCAUCAUGCGAACCAACGGAACCAUCGUAUACAUCUCCAACACCGACGAGGACGUUCCGAAUGUGCUCAACAUUUGUGCGAAACGCCUCAAUACUCUUCCGACCAACAUAGUGUGCAUGAGUGCGAUCUCGUCCGCUGCGCCUUUCAUUGCCGACGAAGAGAGAAUGGUAUUCCGGACGGUGGACGCUGCCGCAGGAAUCUACCGCCUGGUCAUUUCUUAUGGUUAUGCUGAACGUAGCAUCGACUCAGUCACAGCUCUGGAGAGAGCCAAGAAGCGAGGACUGAGGAUGAAGCCUGGUGACCCGCUUGUCUUUGUGGUUGGUCGCGAGAUCAUUGCAUCAUGCAAGGAAGCAACCGUCUUCUCUCGGAUUCGCCGGACGGCCUACGAUGCCAUCUCACGCAAUACAGAAGGCAAGAUCGAGUACUUCAACCUCCCACCUAACGACACGCUUGAGGUCAGCGGCCAGAUCGUGCUGUAAUCGCCAAGGAAGUGAGCACCCGAGCCUCGCUGGUGCUGCAGGC